AUGUCUGACUUCUCAUGCUACGACGGGGUAAGCCCCGAGUGGCUUGCACUCGAAGCAUCCUUACCUCCGCCACCAGUACCGGAAUUGUCGAUUGCGGAGAUGAAAAGAAUAGCGAACCAAGAACGAGAAGCUAUCGCCAGAAAAUCGAUGAUGAAACUCGCGCCUCAACUGCGGAUACAGAACCACAGAAUAUCCUCUCGCGAUGGAAGCAUCAUACAAGCACGCAGCUACCGACCAGCUAGUGCACCGGAACAAACCCUACUCCCAUUGUAUAUUCACUUCCAGGGCGGUGGAUUCAUGUUCGGUACGCUGGAUGCUGAGGAUGCGAUAUGUGCACGUAUAGCCAUUGGAUCGAAUGUGGCGGUUCUCAGUGUUGAUUACAGACAUACGCCGGAGUUUACAUAUCCGACGCAAUGGAAUGAUGCUGAAGAUACUUUCGAGUGGGCCCACGAUAACAUGGAGACCAUGUUCUGGCGCCCGGAAAGAGUCAUUAUUGGCGGAAUAUCAGCUGGUGCUUGGAUGGCUUCGUCUUUCACCCUACAGAAACAUUUGAAUCAUGCAACAGAGAAAAGACCUCCGAUCGCAGGACAAGUCCUCAUGAUCCCCUGUCUAACACACGUUGAUUGCUAUGAGCCCCAGCUGAAAAAGAUGAAGAGCGAGUCUAUCUCAUCUUACAGAACAAAUGUUACAGCACCGAUGCUUACUGUUGAGGAACUUCGCUGGUUCACGAGUCUGUUAAAGAUCGAGGACCCGGAUGUCAACGAUUUAAAGAUUAACCCUGGGAAUGCAUCGCCAGAACAAGUUAGAGGGAUGCCUCCUACUGUACUUGGUGUAGUAGGCCUGGAUCCUCUUCGAGAUGAGGCACUUCUGUAUGGAAAGAUGUUGGCAGAAGCUGGUGUUCCGACAGAUAUCAACCUCUUCUUGGGGCUGCCUCAUGGUUUUAGAUCGCACGAGGAGAAAUUAUCGGCGUUCAAUAGAUGGGAUAAAGUCAUAGAGGAUGGCGUUGGCUGGAUUUUAUCAGAACCUUUAUGUAGUGAGUUUCACGUAAAGACAUGA